AAGUUCCUCGGUACUACCGGGGGAUCUGGAGGCUCUGAGUCUACUGCCAUAAGGCAGGAGGGCUGAGUGGCUUUCAGUUCCCCUUUCUCCGGGGAGUAUCCAGCAGCGGAGCCUGGGCCGGCCACUUGUUGCUGCCUCUCCGCCUGGUUAAUUCCCGCUCUGUUUGCACCAUCACGGGGGCUCUUCUUGAAAACCACUCGGCCUUCAGUUCAAGUGGUCCCAUCGUUUACCUCCUGCACCAGUUGUGUGCUCCUCAGAAGUGGGGUGGAGGCGCCCAUGGCUCUAGAUUAUUUUAUUUUUCGAAAAUAUGAUUAGUUUAAUUUGGAGUUACCUGUACAGCACUCUUCUGAGGUCUUGGAUGAAGUGGAUUUUAAGAAAGAUUACUGGAAGAUGUGAACUACAACGUAUUUGUGCCAAUACUGUUCAAGGAGCAGAGCGAACAAUGAAAAUAGAAUAUUCUUUGAAAUCAUCCAGAAACGAAGUUUUAAAAACAUCAGUGGCUAGCAGUGUGGAAAACAUGGAGAACAGAGUUCAGGAUAUUAUGGAGAUAAAAAAGAUUUCCAUUCAGAAAAAUCCACACUUCAAGUUAAAUUUACAGAUUUGCUUGCUUCAAGUCUCUGGCUUUAAAAAACUUUUUGCUGAUGUAGAAUACCUACGGAAGCAACCAUUUGACUCUUCAAACAAGCAACAUGAAGAUCUGCUAUUAAAGUUGUGGCAGUUGAUGAUGCCCAAUGUAAACUUGGAGUCAAGAAUCACCAAACAGUGGGGUGACAUUGGGUUCCAAGGUGAUGAUCCUAAAACUGACUUCAGAGGCAUGGGAAUGCUGGGGUUACACAACCUAGUGUUCUUUGGGGAGCAUUACACCAAAAUAGCUCGCCAGACUCUUUCGCAUUCAAAUCAUCCCAAAAUUGGAUAUUCCUAUGCUAUAGUUGGAAUAAAUCUUACUGAAAUGGCUUACAGUAUGAUGAAGAGUGGCUUACUAAAGAGUCAUUUUUAUAACCUGGUUCCUGGAGUUCCACAGUUGCAACAUUUUCAUCAGUUUUAUUGUUACCUAAUGUAUGAGUUUGAUCAAUUCUGGUUCAAGGAGGAACCAUCCAGCAUCAUGGAAUUCAACCAUUACAGAGAGCAAUUUCAUGAGAAGGUGAAACGGCUUUUACAAGAUCCAAAAACAUCACUUACCUUGAACUUCAAAAAAUAGACUGUAAUUUGCAUUAAGCCUAUGAGGUAGCACUUGGAAUUAAUUGCAAGAUAUGAGCUUAUGCUGUGGAUCUGUGAUUUUUGAAUAGAUUUUUAACUUGUAAAUAGGAACUGAUUAAAAACAUUAUGUGACUGAAAUUCAGGAUGGAUCCACUUUCAGUAUAAAUAUGUCAUCAGAUUGUUUCUGGCUGCCUGGUGUUUGAUGGCAUAAAUAUGGAUAAUUUAUUUAGUGACAUCCACAAAGCAGUAAUUGAAAUAGUGCUUCAUUAUGGAAGGAACUAUUCAAAGUGUAUAUACAUUUGAAUUAAGAGGUUUUCAAUUUUCCCUUUGGAGCACAGCAAGUAGCAUGAGUUUAUUCCUUUAACAUUUUUCAUUGUACCUUUGUUAUUGCUGCUGCUAAUACAUGCAGUUUCAUAAACACAUCAACAUGUUCAAAGCAGCACUCUGGCUUUUAGAUUACUGAAGAUAAACAGCAAAUGGGGUUCUUUGGGAGUAAUUACAAGACUAUAAUCUCCCCAGUUGUCAGAACAGGGCUUGAGUGGCUUAGCUACUUCUGGACUUUGUGAUUGCUGGAUGGAAGCAACUUUCCUACGUCUACUAUGACAAAGUACAUCCUGAAGUUGGAGGAUACCAAGUGGCAAAAGGAAUUCAUCAAGGCUUUUUUAAAUAAAAGCAAAAGCAAAAGACUUGCAGGUACUUGAGAUCUUAAAUAAAAGCAGUAAGUGCUAGUGAAACUCUCAACAGGUCUGGCAGCGUCUAUGUAACAAGAAACAAACUUUAAAUAUUUUGAGUCCAGUGAGACUCUUCAGAAUUCCAAAGAGUCACAUUGGACUCAACGUUAACUGUUUUGCUUUUCACAGAUGCUGCCAGACCUGCUGAGUUUCACCAGCACUUACUGUUUUUAUACCAGUAGGAUGUUCAUGUAUUUACCAUUGGAGGAUUAAUUUCUGUGUGGUGUAAAAUUAAAUUUUCCAGUCUUAAUCUGUUUCAUUCUGACUAUAGUUAAUGCCAAAAAGUUCUAAAGUAACAAUUAAUGUAUUUUCACAAAAACCUUGUAUUAUGAAAUAAAUAAUUCUAAAUUAAUUUUUUUUGUGAUAAAUCACAGGAUAAUCUACUCAAAGAACAACAUAGACUGUCAAUUUCAUGAAAUUUGUUAAUGAGUUCAAGUUAUUGACAAUCUUGCAGGUACAAUUAAGCUGAGCACCUCUUGAGGUACGCACUUUUUAAUCUUUGAGUGAUUUUGUUAAAUUGUGUGAUGUGUAAACUAGCUGUUGCUACCAAGUGCAUUGUAAUGUGUCACACUGUUAUAUUUCAUAGUGAAAAAUUAACUACCAAAAAGUUAAUUAAUAGCAGAUUAUUGAAAAAUUUCAGAAUUAAUGUUAUGGUCACUACAGUAUUUGAAGAGGCAUAAGGAAAAAUGAGCCUCAUCUCACUCAGGAAAGCAAAGCAAGUGUUUUUCCAUGCAUCAUUCCAGCUUUUUAUUGAUGAUCCCUUUAUUGUAUGAGCAACAGUGAAAAGUUUUAUAUUUAUUACUGAUGAUUAUUCUGGAUAAAAUAUUUGUAGCUGAAAGUUGCUAAAUUUAUUGGAUGAAAUGCUUUUUUCCAGAAAGGUAUGCUAUGAUGUUUGAAGUUUAUAUAGAUUUCUACUGGUUGGCUUCCCAUUUAAGAAUGGGGUUGGGGGGGGAGAUGAAGCUUUAUUUUAUGAACUUUUGCUGAAAUAAAUAGUUCAAAACUGAAACAAUUAAA